UCACAUCUCUUUUCCUCUUUCCUGUGCUCCUUCUGUUCUCCUUUCAUCAGUGCUACAGUUAAGACUUCAGCAGAGGAGGACGCGAGAGCAGCUGGCAGACCAGGGCAUCAUGCCUCUGAACCAUGGCAAGUUCCCCAAGCAGGAGGACUCGUAUGCCUUUGAGGAGGACAGCAGCAGCGAGAGUCUGUCUCCGGAGCAGAACCACAGUGAUGAGUCACAGGGCUCAGCCUGCCCUUCAUCUGACGCCGUCGGCAGUACGGCCUCCUCCUCCUCCUCACCUGCCCUCACCAGCCCACGACAGGGUAGUGCAACCAGAGGCCCGCCAGACCAAAGCCAGGAAGAAGGCCUGUCUUCCCCUAACACCAACCAGGUAGCUCCACCAAUACCGGUUCCUGCAAUAGUCAAGUCCAAGACGUCGGACAAGAACCGACAUAAGAAGCCCAAAGAUGUGAAGCCAAAAGUAAAGAAGCUCAAGUACCACCAGUACAUUCCUCCAGACCAAAAGGUGGAGAAGUCUCCUCCGCCCAUGGACUCAGCCUACGCCCGACUCCUGCAGCAGCAGCAGCUGUUCUUGCAGCUUCAGAUCCUCAGCCAGCAGAAACAUACUCACACACAUUCACAGAUGCAGCAGCCACAACAGCAGCACAUACACUCCAUGCAGGCCCAUGCCCAGCAGAGACAGCCCACCUUCAGCUACCAGCCUCAGCUGCCAGCCAGCACCCAGAAGGGCAACAGUGAGCACGUGCCAUCUUGCGCCUCUAGUGGUCCUGCCAGCAACUCAAACAGCAACUCCUCUUCUCCAGUCAAGAACACAUUUCCCAAUCAAAACAACGUUUCACCUGUCAAAGUUGGUCCACUACCUGCUAAUCUGGAUGACCUUAAAGUUUCCGAGCUCAGGCAACACUUGCGCAUUCGCGGCAUGCCUGUUUCAGGGACCAAACAGGCCCUCAUCGAACGACUCCGGCCCUUUAGGGACUCCAACGCGGACUCCUCACCGUCAGGGUCCUCCGACAUCACAACUUUAACUUUUCCAGUCACACCCACUGGUUCCCUGUCUUCCUACCAGUCCCCAUCUUCCUCCAGCAAUCUGUCGCAGGGAGGAUACUUUCCCUUCCCAAGUACCUCUUCCACGCCGCCCAUCUCUCCAGCCUCCUCUGAUCUGUCUCUCAGCGGCUCCCUCCCAGACAGCUUCAGUGAUGUGCCAAUGUCCUCUCCAAACCAGUUCAACCUGCAGCCAUCCCCGACCCAAACUGCCAUAGAGGAUGGCCUGGGUGCAGGAGGAGGAGGUGCCAGGGUGUGUGGAGGGAACCAGAGAGUGGGAGAGGACGAAAGGAAUGAUGGAAGUCUGGAAGCUGAAAAAGAUAAGAUGCUGGUGGAGAAGCAGAGGGUCAUCGAGGAGCUGACGUGGAAAUUGCACCAGGAGCAAAGACAGGUUGAAGAACUGAAAAUGCAACUUCACAAGAGGAAACGCUCCUUUGGAGCGACUGAGGACGCCAUCCCUCCACUGCCUCACUCCUCAAUGCUUCACCAACAGCAGGCCACACCUAUGAUGGGCCAGCAUUUUCUGGGGGUGACAAUCAAGCAAGAGCCUAUGUCCUUGUCCUCUAGUUGUCCCUUGUCUUCGUCCAAGCAGCUCAAGAGCCCUCCUGGCAGCUGCAUGGACGAUAUGGGGUGCUGCAACAAUCCCAUACCAAAUCUAGGGGGUGGUCCUGGUGGGCCACAAUGCAUGGACACAGACCCUUCCUCUGCCAGCCCCUCCACCAUGUCAGCCUUUCUGAGUCCCCAGUGUUCUCCGCAAGAUUCUCCUGUCGGAAAACCCACCAGCAGCUCCCAGCCUCCGUCGCCUAAUAGCCCCUACCUGCUGUCUCCUCUGCUGGGGAGAGACAGUUGUGGACACCCCCGUGGACAAGGCAGAGGUCACAACAUGCAGGUGCAGCAGAGGACUGGUAGCCAGCCGUUAAACUGCUCUUAUCCUUCGGACCAAAGAAGCCUUCAGGCUGCAUUUCCCAGCUCACCUGACUGUGGUCUUAACCACAGCGGCCCCAUCAAGGCCGAGAGUCAGAAUAUGCAACCAAAGAUGUCAGCAUUGCCAUCUUCCCGGCAUGUUGGCCAAAAGUGCCAGGUCUCCCCCCCUGCCUUCAGUAGCUCAGAUUCAGAUGCAUCUGACUUAAGACAGCCCCCAUGCUAUGAGGAUGCAGUGAAGCAGCAAAUGACCCGGAGUCAGCAGAUGGAUGAACUGUUGGACGUGCUCAUAGAAAGUGGAGAGAUGCCAGCUAACGCAAGAGAAGAGAGGGAGAGGUCCUCUGUAACACAAGUUGUGCCUCACAUUACUGUGUCCCCAGGGUGUCCCGGCCUCCUCAUCCCAAGGUUCCACUGGCACUACGAGCACCUGUCCCCCAACCAGAUACCCUACGACCAUGCUGCCAAUCACGCCACCGAGAGCCACCUGCAGACUCUGCUGGGUAACCCUAUGGGACGGGGAGGGGAGAUGGGGCUCCUUAAAAUGGCCACCGAGGAUGGACACCAGGAAGAGGAAGGGAACAGAGACGCCGAAGAGUACAGCAGCCUCCACAGCCACCACUGCCGCCCCCAACAUUCCCAGCAGGACAAACUCCAGACCAACAGAGAUCGUCUAGACACGCCUCUGUCACCUGGUAGCAGUAAGGUGUUCGCCGUCCCUGAGGUCCAGGGGAUGGUCAGCAUGGCCUUUAGCGAGACGCCGUGGGAAACCAUGGAGUGGCUGGACCUGACGCCUCCCAGUUCCGCGACUGCUUUCGGCGGCGCUGCUCAGCCCAGUGCACCCAGUAUCUUUAACACAGAGUUCCUGGAUGUGACGGACAUUAACUUGAACUCUGCCAUGGACCUUCAACUGGAGCAUUGGUGAAAGCAAUAAUGCCAACAUUAAUACCAAAGAACUAUUGAAUUCUUCCCUAGAUGGCUUUAGUCUAAGUGUGAGAAGUUCCUCUUUGCUGUCGUACAGUGGAAUAUUAUUUUGUUUAGUCGUCUGAAGUUUGACAGCCUAAAGAGAUGUUAUGACAUUUUAUCUUGAAUCUUAACUUUACUGAACUUAUUUUCCACCAAUGUCAUCGUAACCAAAAAGAAAAAACCCAGGUGCUUUUUGAUACAAUUUGUGUCCAUUUUGAACAUUGAUGCGCACAACUGUCACUGAGUUGAGGACUGACAGUGGACACGUGUAGUACUUUCUGUACGCACCAUCAGUGUUACACCACCUAGACUUGAAGACGGAAUUUGCCAAUCACUGCAUACCUACAGAGUGAAUAUUUGUGUUACUGGAAAAAAAGAAAGAAAAAUCCCCCAAAAAGACUAACAAGAAUAUCUGGAUUUCAUAGAAGCGGCCAAAUUGUAAAUAUCACAACAGUUUUGGAAAAUCUCACAUCUACAUGCUGUUGUCAAAAGUGUGGGAGAGAGUACAACUCAAAAAUGAAGUGUAUAAUACAACCUUUGAUGUAAAUAUGGUACAUAUAUAUAUAUAUAUAAAAACCUCACAGAGCACCUCUUGCUUAAUACACAUUUGUCACAGUUUGCUUGAGCUUUGAAUAUAGGAAUGGUUGUUGUUUUUUAUACAUAUCUACAGUUUCUGACAUAUUUAUGUUCAUAUGUUCAGGAAGACAUAAAGGGGAAAGCGAUGUCUGAGGAAUCUUUGGUCUUAUCAGUUUAAACCAAGAGACAAACUGUGCCUUACCUGCAAAACAUGCUUAUGAAUAAAAAUUCCCAGCUUUUUACUGAUGACUCUACAAAAGCUAAGAGGCAUUUUAAAAGCUACAAAAAGUCAUCUUAAAAAAAAGAGAUAAUUUUAUAUGUAAUUUUUGUCCUCUUAAAUUGCAACAUCUCUAUUUCAAAGUUGAUCACAUUUAUUUAUUUUGUGAUUUUGUAUUUAUACUUGAUGUUGUAUUUAUGCUGACAUUCCUUUGAUACUUUCUUGAUGUAACCAAAAAUUAUAUAUAUUUUUUGGACCACUGACUCUUUUAGGCUAAGCAGUUUCAAAAUGUGAGGAAAAGCGAAGAAGCCGACCUAAAAAGCCACAUUAUCUCAAAUGACAAUUAUCGAUUGUGUGAACCGUCCAUUGUAAGCACUUGUGAAUAGAAAAAAAAUGUAAUAUAUUCAAAUCUUAACUGUGAAUAUUUCUAAAAACUCCCCCUACAGCCAGCAGACAUAUUGGUCUGCUCAACAUGACUCAGAUCAGUAAUGUUCUGAACACUCUAAAAAGUAAGAGUUUGAAUUUCUAUAGUAUCUUCUGAAUGUAUUGAAAGAAAAUACACGAAGAUACCUGUAUGUCUUCUAAAUAUGUAGCAUCAUCCACAAAGCAAUGUCAAGGCUAUACAACAUUGUCAAUCCCAUAAUAUUCCAAAGUUCUUGCAGCAGAAAGCAAAUUUUUACACAUAUUGUAUAAAAAUACAAUAAUUUUUAUUUCUAUUGUCUGACAUUUAUGCAUUUGGUACCUGGGCCUUCAUAGGGACUUUGCUGAUUUAAUCCACCACUAUGGCCUUACAAGUAUACAAACCACCAACACUAUAGUAUAGUAAACAAAAAACGCAAUAUAACAGGGUUCAGGUAUUACAAAGGUUUGUUCAGUCCUUACAUAAACGUUAGUAUUGGAUUUUCGGAUUUCAAGUAUCCUGGUCUAAAUGCAACAUCCAAACCACGUAUUUAAAUGCGUCCUGACGACCACGUGAAUCCUAAAUACCUGAGCCCUAUCCAAUUAAAUAUAGAGAGAAGAUAUAUAGAUAUAAGUGGGUCGACAUAAUUUGCAGCACCGUUUGUUUAUCAAUUAGCCUAAUAAUUAAUUAUGAGUUUUUCACCUUUUGUGAGUGAAUACUAUUGUUAUAACAAAAAAAAAUCUAGUUUGGACACUUCCAAACAUCUGCACUACAUCCAAUUGUCCCCCCAAAAAAAACAAAAGUAAAGCACAUAAUACUCACUCAGUUGCAGAUUAUUUCUUCACAGACAAAAUACAUCUUCUUCUUUUUGCGAAGACAAACUUCAAUCACGUUUCAGUUCCAUCAACAAGUCCUUCUCUAUGGCCUUGUAUUUUUGACAAAUCCUAGCCAUUUAAUAAAGUGGUACCGCUCACGCCUGAGACUUCCCGGUCUUCGCGAUAUCAAGUUGUUCAGAAAAAGUCUGCCAUGAAAAUUUAUAUUUCUUCUUUUAUCAUGAGAGCAGAUGAGCUUCUGCAUCUUCUUAAGACAUUGGAUACAAAAUAAAAAUAAUUUCACACACAUUAACAAGAGCAACAUAGUUUCCUGGCGAUGUGCUUUGCUAGCAAAACUUGACGAUUUUGCUACAGCUUCACUCUGACCGUCCAAUCAGACGGCGGAAAACCUCUGACACCACUUCAAGCAAGUGUUGUGAAUCAGCGAACCUGAAAGCUGAUUGGUUAAAAGAACCGUUCUGUUCGUUUACUGGACGUAAACCUGUUGUACAGAUUCUGAUUGGACGCAACCCCGAUAAUCCACGCCGACUUGUAGGAGAAGCCUUGCAGCCAAGUGAGACGUUGUUAACAAACAACAAAAAACGUCUCACUUAAAUAAGUUUUAUAAAAUUUUUGGAAGUAAAUUAAUAAAAUUUAAUUGAACAAAAGUUAGAAUUUGGGUUGUGAACAUCUUAGGGAUUCUGAUAGGCCUGAAGAGAAGGCUUUAUUGGCUCUGUCGGCCCACCGCUGCUAUUGCUAUUGUUUGCAAAGCAGCUAAUACAGGAAGGAGCGUUUAUUUUUCCUCUGUGCUGAUUGGUUGUACUCACAAGAGCUGAAAUAAUGAAGAGUAAAUAUUAACUUCUGUGCCUGGUAAUGAAUAUUAUGGUAUAUUUGGUGUGUGAAUGAUUAAAAUACGCAGAUAUUUUUUAUAAGGAGUCUGAUAUUCUUGGGGUCCAGCUACAGCUACAGCUACAGGGUAGGGACCACUGCGGCCUAACCCCUGCAAAUACCAGAUGUCCACCUUAUACUUUAUGUUCGAUUCCCUCUUCUUCCCGCAAAUGUAACAAAAAAUCGUUAUGGCCAACUUUUCGAUUUUAGUUUCUCCUUAGUCCAUGGCAUGUCUCCAAAAAUUAAGGCCUUUACAAAUUGUAGUGUUUUUCUUUAAUCUCCUUUUUGGAACAAUGACUCUGAGUGGCCUUUCAAAAUGUGAAUAAUAUCUCACCAGAUUCAGACAGCAUCUUCACAAUGUAUUUUUUUAAUUUUAUUUUAUUUUAUUUUAACUUUUGUUAAAAGUCAGGCUCAUGUUACCCAAAAAUUAACCUUUCUUGUAGAGGUCCAUAACUCUCUUCUAGGUAUCUUGGCUGAUUUCUUUAGUUUCUUUUUCAUGAUGUCACACAAGGGAGUAAUGUUCUUGGAGGGAUUGGCUUAAACUGCAUUCAAUUAUACUUGGAUAUGAAUAUAUCUGAAGCUCAUAAAGCCUUGACAUUACCAUCUGGUCUUUUUUAAAGUAAAUAAAAUAAUAACCUUGGUGUGCAUAAACCUCUGAAUUUGAUGAAAGUGAUAAAAUAAAAUCCCAAAAGUCAUCAUUAUUGCAUUUAGCUAAUAUAAAUAAUUGUAAUCCUAACUUACCUUAAAGGUUCAGUUGUAUUGAAUGUCAGAGAAUUGUUUUUCUUUUUAUACAAUGUGCAUAUCUCUGGUUUCAACAUUGUAUAUCUGGUGAAAACCCCUAGAAGGCAUAACCAAGGUCUGUAAAUGACGAGGUGGCCAAAAAAAAAGCACUAACCGAAAUUAAAAUGCAGCUUGACAAAUUUCUAGUCAUAAUUUCUAUAAACUAUUUUAACGAUUUUAUUUGACACAAUGUGGUUAUAUAUCAAUGUGUGGGAAGCAUUGGUUUAGAGCCAAAAGGGACAUUUUGGGCAAGUUUGGUUGUUUGGAUGAUGGAAAAGACAUGUAGAACAUUUGCGAUGGAAAAAUUUUAAUAAUUCAGUGUGAAUCAUAAAUUCCAGACAGAACUGCUGGCUGGAAAUUCAAGCCAUAAAUGCUCUUGAACUUAAACUGCUAUCACAUUUUAUCUAUGACUUCUUAGCUUUUAGCUUUAACAAGGAGUUAAUUAAUUUGACCUGACAUUAUUAAAAUGCUAAUAUAAGGUUAAAUAUAGAUGUAAAUUAUAGGUUUGAAACUUGAUUUAGACAUCCGCUAAGCUAAGCUCUCAUUUAUAUUGUAUAUUUGAAAAUAUAAAGAUCUGGGACUUGUAGGUAAACCCGUCCUGGCUGCUUUAGGAAUGCUAAUUAGCAAUUAGCUAGGAAUUAGCAUUCCUAAAGCAGCUAGCACAGGUGUCUCUUCUCUUUUUGUUGGAGAAGACACAGCAAAUAAUCCCCAAAUAUGUUGACUUUGAUGGGGCUAAAUUUAAUCUACUUUUUGCACUCAUCAGACCUUUCCAUUUAACAUUCCAAAUUAAAUCCAAUUCACCAUCACCCUCUGUUUUAUUUGCCAAAACUAUCUUUGCUAGGAAAUCUGUCCCAUUCUUGAUUUUUUUUUCCAAACAAGUAUGACUCAAUAUAAAGGUAUAACUUUAGUAAAAGUGUAUUAUUUAAGAUGUUUGAAUUUGGGCGAGAAACUGACAGGAUUUAUUUUUGUUAUCCAUAACAUCCUGUAUCUGCAGUCAUUGCCACUUUGACAUAGUUCUGUAUAGUUCCCCAUGCAUUUUUUGGUAAAUGGAUGAAGAAACGGUAUUGGAGCUGCUUUUCUUUUCCAUUCCAGAGCCUCAUGAAAGUCUAACAACAGAUGUAAUCAGAGUGACGGCCAAAGGUGCGUCCUGAAAGAUGAAUUUUCAGGUUCCAAGCUGGGGGCUGGGGGAAAACCCUACUGUAAUGACCUCGAAACUCCAAAACAUAUCCAAUAUGGCUGACCUGAGUAAGAAAGUUGCUUACUCUUAAGAUGUUUGUUUGCCUUUCUGAUGGCUUUCAGUGUCAAUAAUUCAGUCAGACAUGUAUUUGUGAACAUGUGCCAUUAUUGUCUGAUUUUUGAAAGCUGUUAAUCCUGAGAUCCAAACUAAGAGUCGAGUAAUAAUGUACAGCAUUAUCCUUGAGUCGGAUAUUGAACUGUUGCUGCCAUAAAUACGAAGCAGAAAUGAAAGUGAAAAUAUGUGUAUGACAAGUCUACUCUGUAAAAUCAGGUUUGACUUUAUCAUUUUUGACCGUUUUACGCUUUACCUAUGGACAUGUUUAAUGGUUUACACGGUUUGAUUCCAUCACAUUCAAAGUUGUUCUCACGUUCUGUCUUAAAUAUGUUUUCCAGUCCUGUUCACCCAUCUGGCCUUAUUCGCAAUAAUUCCCCUUAUUCAAGGCCAAAAAAAAAAAAAAAAAAAAAAAAAAACAUCUGACAGAAGCUUCCAUGUUGCUUGGCCACCAACUUGCCUUUUGUCUAUUGUUAUAAAAAAAAGAGGGUAUUGUGGAUUUAUUUCUGUAUACAGCUGAAAGAGCAAUAAAAAUGAUCACAGCUAAGUAUUUUCAGUUUUUUUUUUAUUCGUGUUCCUAAGCAGCACACAAGACAGACACAUUUUCAGUCUUUUUCAUGGGGAACUUUAAUUGUAACCCUCAAUAAACAUACAUUAUAAUAUUCAUUGCCCUUAAUAUCAUCUUAUAUUCUAAUAUCAACAUUCUGGUAAAUUGCAAUUUGUACAACAUGCGUUUCCAGCUUCCUGGAAACGCAUCAUCCUGUGACAAACCCCGCAGAUCUGCAGGGAAAACGGCGCCAUCUACUGCCACUCCGGAAGGAGACAGGAGUACAAGGCCUGACAAGAACUCCUUAUGACAGAAUUUAAUCUGGUGGUUGUAAUGUUUUGCUUUCCCGAACAGGUAAAAAAACAAAACAAAAAAAACAAACAAAAAAAAAGACCGUUCACUGUUCCUAACGAAAUGACCCGAUGUACACCCGCACAAUGGGAGGUAUGGCACAGCUAACAGCUGUAGAGACCCAUAAUAAACCAAAUGUAUGCAUUUUCAUUGACUAUCAUAAUGUAACGACACCAGUGAUACUUCAACAGACUGAUAAUAUUUAACUAAUCUUGUAAAUUGUUAUAGUUGAAUUGUACAACCAUUUAACUGAGCAUACAGCCCAUUUCUAACAUCAUGCAGGGUGCUGGUAUGGUUUUAUCCGCUACAUUCUUACUAUUAAAGCACCAUUAAAGUAUUUGAAACAUUUCUUUUGGCUCAACGCCACUGAAAAAAAAACAGAUGUGACUCAGAUAAACUCCCAAAACAAUAAAAUAACCUCAUUAAGAAUAAUACUCAUUAAGAAUAAGAUGAUGGAUCUCUACAGUGUUGCGUGAAGUGUUUUGUUAAGAAGCUACCUCCUUGAAGUCUGACUGUUCUUCUCAGGUCUUCGUAGUCAGACCUGUCCUGGGACACCACGACACGAUUGGGUCAAACAAAUCGAUAGGCGAGGAAAUGGCACGAUGGGGUUCAGCCCCCGACGCAUGCUGAAUCACUGGAGGACAUGCAGGCUCCAGGGUGACCUGAGGGGUCAAAGGGCGGGAGACGAAGCGAGGAGGGUCUUUCCUCCUCUCAACAGUUGUGGUAUGGAAGUUGGUAGCAUGUGAUUAGCAGCAUUUUACCGUUGUUCCGUCUAUUUCUUUAAUUUGACAGAAAGAAGCUGUCAGAACAUGUGCAGCUGUAGUUACUACUGCAUGCCUGUGGGUGGCAGCAUGGAGGAUCUGUGAUCAUGAUGUGUGAGUUUGACUGUACAGUGCUAAGACAGGCUGUUGAGGAGAAACAACAAACAAACAAAAAAAAAAACAGUCUAUAUGGUAACAUUUCUCAGUACGAAGCCACAUCUCCUCUCCUGUCUGACAUGAUGACCAUGUUUUCGGAAAGAGCCUUAAAAGAUCUGAGCAGAACCUGCCAAGAACAGCAGGUGAGGUUGGCUAUAUACAUAUCUAUUUACAUCAGUGAAAACAACAUCCGAAAGUAACGUUACACCAGGCAUUGUAGCAUUGGAUUAACUUCAGGUUUGAUUCUCUGUGUGUGUUGCCUUAUUGUUUUAGUCACAGAACUAAGCGUCUUCCUGUUUCAGAAAUCAGCUGGUGAUAAUGUUCAUGAAGAUAUAUGAGCGUGUCUCUCAAGUAGAACCUUAUUUAUUUACAAAAAAUGCACUAAUAUUUAUAGAACAGAGUUUGUGGUCUAACAAGGAGGAAACUGUAUGAUUUUUGCUAAAUUAGCAAAACAUAUCAGUUUAUAAUGUAUUUAUCUGUUAGGUGUGACAGCUUUAGCUAGCUAACAGUUAGCUAAAAUUUCUGUUAGCUAGAACUUGUAUCUGGGUUAGCUAGCCGUUUGCUACAGCUAGUUAGGCCUCUUGUUAGCUAGCUGUUUGCUACAGCUAGUUAGGCCUCUUGUUAGCUAGCUGUUUGCUACAGCUAGUUAGGCCUCUUGUUAGCUAGCU